UCUUUUCCAGUGUUUUCCGGUCUUGGAAUCUUCAUUUUCUUUCUCUAUUUUUUUAUUUAUUUGUGUUUUGGUUCUGGUAAAAUGAGGGAAUCUGAUAGGUCGGUUUGGUGUUGAAGUCCUACGCUGUUUUGUCUCUUGGCUGCAUUGGUUCUCUUUUGGUGGAACUUGUGGUAGUAUAAUGUAAUCCUGGUGAAAUAAAGUCUUUUAGAGAGGAUCCACUACUAAAGCACAAUGUCAGAUCUCGAGGCUCCCUUGCGCCCAAAAAGGAAAAAGGUGUUAGUGGACUAUUUGGUUCAGUUCCGAUGGAUUCUGGUUAUUUUUGUUGUCCUGCCAAUCUCCUUUACAAUUUACUUCCUAACUUAUCUUGGAGAUGUUAAAUCUUCAAUGAAAUCCUACAAGCAACGCCAGAAGGAGCACGAAGAAAAUGUUCAGAAAGUUGUGAAACGCCUCAAGCAGAGGAACCCAGCAAAGGAUGGUCUCGUAUGUACAGCCCGUAAACCCUGGAUUGCUGUUGGAAUGCGGAAUGUUGACUAUAAGCGGGCUCGGCAUUUUGAAGUUGAUCUAUCAGCCUUCCGUCAUAUUCUUGAAAUUGAUAAAGAGAGAAUGAUUGCAAGAGUUGAGCCACUUGUGAACAUGGGGCAAAUUACUAGGGAAACUGUCCCAAUGAAUCUUGCCCUUGCAGUGGUUGCGGAGCUCGAUGACCUUACUGUUGGUGGGCUCAUCAAUGGAUAUGGCAUUGAAGGAAGCUCUCAUCUAUAUGGCUUGUUCUCUGAUACUGUUGUAGCUUAUGAAAUUGUUCUAGCAGAUGGUCGAGUUGUUAGAGCUACAAAGGACAAUGAAUACUCUGAUCUUUUCUAUGCAAUCCCUUGGUCUCAAGGAACACUGGGCUUUCUUGUUUCUGCUGAGAUUAAGCUGAUACCCAUUAAAGAAUAUAUGAAGCUUACUUACAAACCAGUAGUGGGUAACCUAAAAGAUCUUGCACAGGCUUAUAUCGACUCUUUUGCUCCCAGAGAUCUUGACCAGGAUAACCCAGAAAAGGUUCCAGACUUUGUGGAGGGCAUGAUUUAUACUCCUACGGAAGGUGUGAUGAUGACAGGAAGAUAUGCCUCGAAAGAAGAAGCCAAGAAGAAGGGCAAUGUAAUUAAUAGUGUUGGUUGGUGGUUUAAACCUUGGUUCUACCAGCAUGCUCAGACAGCCUUAAAGAAAGGAGAGUUUAUUGAGUACAUCCCAACCAGGGAAUAUUACCACAGGCAUACGAGGUGCUUGUACUGGGAGGGAAAGCUUAUACUUCCAUUCGGAGAUCAAUGGUGGUUUAGGUUUCUCUUCGGCUGGUUGAUGCCUCCCAAGGUUUCCCUGCUCAAGGCUACCCAAGGUGAAGCAAUCAGAAACUACUACCAUGAUAAUCAUGUCAUUCAGGAUAUGCUUGUUCCUCUUUACAAGGUUGGGGAUGCUCUAGAGUGGGUCCACCGUGAGAUGGAGAUAUACCCCAUUUGGCUCUGUCCACACAGAUUGUUCAAGUUGCCCAUCAGAACUAUGGUUUACCCUGAGCUGGGAUUUGAGCAUCAGCUAAGACAGGGAGAUACGCCCUAUGCUCAAAUGUACACUGAUAUCGGAGUAUAUUAUACACCAGCAGCUGUAUUUAGAGGCGAGGUGUUUGAUGGUGCUGAGGCAGUUCGUAGAUUGGAGAACUGGUUGAUUGAGAACCAUGGCUUCCAGCCACAGUAUGCAGUUUCUGAGCUAAGUGAGAAGAAUUUCUGGAGAAUGUUCGAUGCUGGGCUCUAUGAGCAGUGCAGGAGGAGAUAUGGAGCAGUUGGAACUUUCAUGAGUGUCUACUACAAGUCCAAGAAGGGAAGGAAGACCGAGAAGGAGGUUCGAGAAGCUGAACAAGCCCACCUUGAGACUGCUUAUGCAGAUACUAAUUAACCAAUGGACGGAUGAUAAAGUCGACUGGGAAUGAUUUGGUGGGAUUCCUCACUUUGCCUUUUCUUGCCUUUUCUGACUCUGCUGCUGAGUUUCUUUAUCUGUAUUUUGGUAGCUUAAUGCUUUUUAGAUGCUACUUUAUUUGCUGUUUUGGUUUUUUGAUGGAUUAGAUGAAACUUUGUAUGAUUUAUGGUACUCCAAAUUUCUAUUCUUCCUUUCAGAGACAA